GUCGAAGCAAACCAUCCAGUCAGCCAAUGAAAAGCUAGAUCUUCUAGAAUCUCCUACAUUCGCAUUUGUGACGACACACUAAAAUUAAUCCAAUCGUAAAUGACCUUACUAACCUCGAGGAAUACCGCAUCUAUAAAUGAACGUGGCCUUGCCGAGACAGACACUUUACCCCAAAAUUCUAGCAAUAGUGUAGUUUUAAUACAAAGAUGCCUGAACCCACCAAGUCCGCUCCAGCCCCGAAGAAGGGCUCCAAGAAGGCGGUGACCAAGGCGCAGAAGAAGGACGGCAAGAAGCGCAAGCGCAGCCGCAAGGAGAGCUACUCGGUGUACGUGUACAAGGUGCUGAAGCAGGUGCACCCCGACACCGGCAUCUCGUCCAAGGCCAUGGGCAUCAUGAACUCGUUCGUCAACGACAUCUUCGAGCGCAUCGCGGGCGAGGCGUCCCGCCUGGCGCACUACAACAAGCGCUCGACCAUCACGUCCAGGGAGAUCCAGACGGCCGUGCGCCUGCUGCUGCCCGGGGAGCUGGCCAAGCACGCCGUGUCCGAGGGCACCAAGGCCGUCACCAAGUACACCAGCUCCAAGUGAGCCCGCCAAGUAAGCAUCCUGUCAUCAACCCCAAA